CUUCAAUUCCAUUUUCUCUCACAUUGACACACUUUCCUGAAGAAGAAGAAGAUGACCUCUCAUGUUAGCUCUGUUUUCUACCUAACUGGUCUUCUAGGUGAUUCCAUGACAUGGGGCCGAGAGUGAUCAAGAUUUACAGAGCUUGAUGAUUUUGGUGAAUUGGGUAAUUCUAAAGCUUGAUUUCACUGAAUUCAGUGAGCUGAGGAAGACAUAGAAGCCGAAGGCAGAGGAAAUCUAAAAUUUUAAGGUCCCUGAGGAUGGAUAUGAAUGAGCAGAGGAAAGAUGCCUUACAUGAUUGGGCUUCUUGCAUUGCUCCAACAACUCUUGACAGUCCUAAUCUCCCAAAAGUUUCCCAGCAACAUAGACACCAUGAAUUUUAUAAAUUCCCGUUUGCGUUACAACCCAUUGAAGGGAAUAAUGGAACUGGACCUGGUGGUGCUGGCAACACACUCGAGAUGUCGAGAGAGGUUCCUUGUAUACAUCUCCUGGCCCUUGUGCAUGCUGCCUCUAGUGCUGCACAGAAAACUGCUGUCAUGCAUGGAGAACAUCAGUAUGAUUUUCCCUGCCACCUUCCUUGUGAUCUGAAUUCAGCACCUGAGACCACCUUUGGCCAAUUUGCACCCAUAACACCAGAGAAGGCAAGCUCAAAUGUGGAUCAUAGAAAAAACCAGCAAAUAGAAGAGCAGAUGAAUGCUGGUGCUACCUCAUGUGAAAUCUUCGAGCAGAGAAAUAAUAAAGAUGUAGCAAACCCUGCUACAGAUUUUUCACAUGCUACUCCUUCCACACAGCUCCAGGAGAAUAGCAUCAACAAGGAAGGGGACAAUAGCAUUGACUUGAAUCAGACACCGCAGCUGAAACAAAGGAGGAGAAAGCACAGGCCCAAGGUGAUUAGAGAAGGCAAACCAAAGCCAACACCGAAACCUCCCACUACUAAGGAAACUCCUGUCAGAAGAAAGUAUGUGAGGAAGAAUGCACUAGACAAAAAUGCAACUCCUCCCCCACCAAAGGAACUGGGAGAGUGCACCGAUUUAACUAAACCAAAAUCUACCAAGAGAUCAUGCAGAAGGGUGUUGAAUUAUGACAUGAAAGAUCCAGGAGAUGACAUAUCCUCUUUACAGAAAGACACUGCCACACUGUACCCUGCCAGAAAAAGUUCCAUGGAGGGAAGAGAGUAUGUUGAUUGUCAAAAAGACACUGCAGAAGGAAAAGCGACAGUGAGAGCUCAAAUUGGUCAUAAAAAUGCUGUAGAAACUGAGUUGGAUGGUGACACUAGUUCCUCUUUACAAAGGCCAAAUGACUCUAACUGCAGCUCAUCCAUGAUUCUGACACAAGAAAAUGAACAACUGAAUGGAUCCAAGAGAAAAUAUUCUAGUGCUGUUGAGCAGACAGAGCCCAGACCCCAAAAUUUUCUCGGAGUUCACUACAAUAAUAUGCCAGCAUAUGAGAACAUGAUGUCUUAUAUGCAUUUUCCAUACAUAUACAAGAAGAGGAGGACAGAUAAGGGAUGUGCUUCUAUCAUAUCCAGCACAUCAUGUCAUGUGACUAUGGCAGAAAAUGUUUGGAGACAAUCAGAACUGCAAGAUGUUGAGACUAUCCUGCCUUCAUAUCGAACACAAAGUUCAAAAAGGAGAAGAUCAAAAGCUCCAACACGGUUUCGUGACUUGGCUUCUCUAAUUAGAACACCAGAGCACAUUCUGCUCCAGAGUACCUGUCUCACGAAACCACCGGCUGAUGUUAAUUGGCAAAGAGCAAUGAACUGUAACUCAACUCAGACAUGCAUGGAUGCCCUAGUCCCUGAAGUGGGUGACACACUAGCAAAGAAAAAGAGAACAAAAAGAAGCACUCUUACCAGUUCACACCGAAGUCUUGUGCUAUACAAGAACCAACCAUUAGUUUCUGGAUCAUCAGGUAUGCCGAUAAAAUUAUGUUCCCAUAUGAGUUGUUGCUCAUUCUGGCAAUCGAAAUUUACUUGGUCAUUAAUUGUAGGUGUUCCACCAGAAGUAGCAUGCACGCAAAUACUUUCUGUUGAUGCUAUUGCUGAUCAAUUAAAAUGUUUGAACAUAAAUAGAGAAAGCAGCAAAUUUGCAUAUCAGGGGUAUAAUGUUGUCUAUAAUACACAAGAUCAAGAGAACAAUGCAUUGGUUCUUUAUAGAAGAGAUGGCACUGUUGUACCAAUUGAGGGGGCGUUUGAUCCUAUCAAGAAACGCCGGCCACGACCUAAAGUUGACCUUGAUGAAGAGACUGAUAAAGUAUGGAAGCUGCUAAUGGAUAACAUCAACAGUGAAGGCGCUGAUGGAACGGAUGAACAGAAAGCAAAAUGGUGGGAAGAAGAGCGUAGAGUGUUCAAAGGUCGUGCUGACUUUUUUAUCGCACGAAUGCAUCUUGUGCAAGGAGAUAGACGCUUCUCUCCAUGGAAAGGAUCAGUUGUGGACUCGGUGGUAGGAGUUUUUCUGACUCAAAAUGUAUCAGACCAUCUGUCUAGCUCUGCAUUCAUGUCGCUUGCUGCACAUUUUCCCCUGAAGUCAGUGAACAACCAAAAUGCAUCCGAUGAAAAAGUUGCGAGCUUAGCAGUAGAUGAACCAGAAGUGUGCACUAGUGAGAUUUCAAACCAGCCACUUUGUGAUUUUAGUUCCGUAACAUUCCAUGACACUGAGCAUAGUGAAGAACAAGUUGUCAACAGCAGUGAGAACACAGAAACCACUAGUGAGGGAGUUAUCUCUACAAAUGAACCCGACUGCAAGUUAACACCUUCAUUGGUUAACGGGUCCGCCACCAAGAACCCAAGAACAGCAUCAGAAUGUUACAUAGAGGAAGACUUGAGAAAACGAUGUGAUAUAGUUUCAUCUCAAAAUUCUGUGGAUUCUUCAACUUCUCAGACUGUGGAAAAAACAGGAUUAUGUGAGAGCAACUCAGAGACAGAGGACGCACCUGAUACAUGUCAAAAUGGCAGUUUGGAUCAUUCCACUUUGUUUUUACAGAAGGCCGAAGUCCACAGUGUCAGAAACAGCCAUUUGUCACCUCAUGACAAUUUGAAUUGUGAACUUCAUGAGCCGAUAUGCAUGCAGCAUGAUGACGAAAGAAUAUUUAUAGAGAGCGGUGGAGCAUCCCAGGACGCUUCCAAUAAUUGCUGUAUACAUAACAUCCCCAACCCAGAAGUAGUGCAAGUUGAGUGCUCUGAAUUGUUUGAAGAGGUAAUCCAUUCUUCUAAUAUUUCCAAGAACAAAUAUGAAGACAGUCCGGGGGAACAGAGUGUACUAACAGCAGAAUCUGUGAGUCAAGAUACAACAAGUAAUAAGCUUACUGUCAAUGAUCAAGAUGCACAGAGAUGUUUCAGUGAAUCAUGCACUUGCAUUCAAGAAAAAAGUAACAUGAUUCAGUCUCAAUUCAGGGUUGGUGGGAACCCAAAUAAGGUUUACGUACCUGCUGAGAAGCAUACAAGUAAGAUUCAGCAAAGUUGCAACAUUUCUGAAGAGACCACAGAUAUUAUGCAUAAGGAACCUGAGUCAGAUUUAAGCUUCAACGAAGUCAGUAAUGUGGAUGCUGCUACCUCAAAGACAAAGAACAGAAGACCUGGAAAAGACAAAAAGGCUCAGCAGGACUGGGAUAAAUUAAGAGAACGAGCAGAACCAAAUGGAAGAAAAAGGGAAAAAACAGCAAACACAAUGGAUUCCGUGGACUGGGAAGCUGUAAGAACUGCAAAUGUGAAUGACAUUGCCCAAACUAUCAAAGAAAGGGGGAUGAAUAAUAAGCUUGCAGAAAGAAUCAAGGAAUUCCUUAACCGGUUACUUAGAGAACAUGGGAAUGUUGAUCUUGAAUGGUUGCGGGAUGUUCCACCUGACCAAGCAAAAGAGUAUCUGCUGAGCUUCCGUGGACUGGGGCUAAAAAGCGUGGAGUGUGUGAGGCUUUUAACACUUCACCAUCUUGCUUUUCCGGUCGAUACAAAUGUUGGACGUAUAGCUGUACGGCUGGGAUGGGUACCUCUUCAGCCCUUGCCCGAGUCACUGCAGUUGCAUCUUCUAGAACUGUACCCGGUGCUGGAAUCCAUACAGAAGUACUUGUGGCCAAGACUUUGCAAGCUUGACCAAAGAACCUUGUAUGAGCUGCACUACCAGAUGAUAACAUUUGGAAAGGUCUUCUGCACGAAAAGCAAACCAAAUUGCAAUGCAUGUCCAAUGAGAGGAGAAUGUAGACAUUUUGCGAGCGCAUUUGCAAGUGCAAGACUUGCCUUGCCAGGGCCCGAGGAGAAAAGUAUAGUGAGUGCAACAGAAGAUAGAAAUACGUAUCGAAAUCCUGGUGAGAUCAACAACAAAAUUCCUCUACCUAUCCCUCUCCCUCUCCCUCUCCCUCAUCCUCACCCAACAGAACAGUUGGGAGGAAACCAGCAACUUGAAGCAAGCCAACAAUCAAGACCAAAGUCUGCACCUGGUUAUACUGAACCUAUUAUUGAAGAGCCAGUAUCACCAGAACCAGAGUGCACACAGAUAGUAGAAGACAUUGAGGAUUUCUAUGAGGACCCAGAUGAAAUUCCUACAAUUAAACUUAACAUGGAACAGUUCACUCAGAACUUGCAAAAUUAUAUGCAACAAAACAUGGAACUUCAACAAGGAGAAAUGUCAAAGGCAUUAGUUGCUCUAACACCAGACGCUGCAUCCCUUCCUACACCUAAGCUUAAGAAUGUGAGCCGACUACGAACUGAGCACCAAGUCUAUGAACUUCCUGACUCACACCCUCUUCUAGAUCGAUUGGGGUUGGAUAAGCGAGAACCUGAUGAUCCAUGCAAUUACCUUUUGGCCAUUUGGACACCAGGUGAAACAGCAAACUCCAUUCAACCUCCAGAGAAUAGGUGUAGUUCUCAAGAAUUCGGCAAGUUGUGUGACGAUAAGCAAUGUUUCCAAUGCAAUAGUGCACGGGAAGCACAUUCACAAACAGUUCGAGGGACUCUCUUGGUACCAUGCCGAACAGCAAUGAGAGGGAGCUUCCCACUUAACGGCACCUACUUUCAAGUUAACGAGGUAUUUGCUGAUCAUGAUUCGAGCCUUGAGCCUCUUGAUGUUCCAAGAGGCUGGUUGUGGAAUCUGAAUAGGAGAACUGUGUACUUCGGAACCUCAAUACCGACAAUAUUCAAAGGGUUAACAACACCAGAAAUUCAACAUUGCUUUUGGAGAGGAUUUGUGUGCGUGAGGGGGUUUGAUCAGAAAUCAAGAGGUCCACGUCCUUUAAUGGCCCGGCUGCACUUCCCAGUCAGCAGGUUGGCCAAACCAAAAGGCAAGAAAGAGGAGUUGCCAUCCCAAAAUUUUCAAAAAAAGUAUGCCUAGAGAGCAGUAGAGCACCACAGAAUUGAGAUCGAGUGGCAGCUA